AUGAAUUCUACAUCCACUCUCAACCCAGUCCCACUCUUCUGUUUCGACAAGUUAAACAGUAGAAUGAAUGAUAGCACUGGUACUAUCACACCAUUCAAUAUGGUCAAGUUGGAAGAACCAUCCAAGUCUUCAAACUCACUCUCCAACGGUGUCACUCAACAAUCCGAUGAUUAUUUCGACAUCUGCCUUGGUAUGAUUGGAGUUCCACAACCACAACAACAACAACAAUCAAAUUUUGAUUCCAACAAUAACUCUAGCAACAACAGCAAUAACAAUAGCAACAAUACCAGUGAUUCGUUAUUGUUCUCACAGCAAUUUGCACAAAUCACAAAUGCUGUUGCUUCCCAACAACAGCAGCAACAACAACAACAACAAAACAACUUUGAUUCCAACAAUAACACUUGUAUCAACUUCAGUCCACCAGAAUCACCAAUCCAAAACGGUAACACCCCCAAUAUCUACAAUUUGCAAUCAACUGCUACAGCACCAGUGUUUUCUAAUUUCUUGGAGGACUUGGGAUCAUCGCCAAGUGUAACCUCACCAGCUGUCUACUCAAUCCCAUCUCAAUACAUUCCAAACUAUGGUAUCGUAUUGAAUGCCAACAACAAGAGUAUCCUUCCACCACAAGCCUGGACCACUCCAUCCAACUUUAACAACAACAACAACAACAACAACAUUGCUACCAACAACCAACAAGGUAUGAAUUUGCAAUUCCAACUCGGUAAACCAAAUUCCAAUAGUCCAAACCAAAAGCAACAACAACAAACAAUCUUCAACGGUAACAACAGUAUCCUUCAAUUCCAACAACUCGGUUCCAUUAUGGGUCUUGAUUCCAAAGGAUUAUUACAACUUCAAUCACUUCCACAACAAUCACAAGCCAUCCAAGUCAAAACUCAACAAGUUGCCGUAAAUUCUACAUUCUCUCCAAACCAUUAUCCUGUACACUCUGAUGACUCCUCUCCGGAUGCCUACCGUUCACCACCAAUCUCUCCAAACAGCUCAGAGUUCUCUACUCAUUGGGAGACUGGACUUGCACCAGACUCACUCCAGAAACAACACGAACUCAAUCCACCAACCGUUAUCCGUUCCAGUGUCGUCUUUUUCGAGCCAUACAUGUCGGGUGAAGUCGGUCGUCACCGUGCCUGUUGGAACCUCAUUGACCCAAUGCAUCGUAACUACUACCAGCCAAUCCAAUUCAAGUUGCCAAACGAGAAUAGUUCGCUUCAGAUGGGUGCCAACAUCAAUGAUUUCAAUGCCCAACAAAUCAUCGACCAUCAGUUCUUCACCAACCGUUACGAAGGUUACAGAAUUUACAUUCAUCCUUCGAUCGGUUACUCUGGUAAUGCCAAACGCUUCAAGCAAUUCCCAGAGCCAAACGAAAAGGCACUGAUUCUCGACGGCAAUGUCUACGACGGUCACUUGAAUCCAAUCUAUAACUGCAAAAUCUGUACUGAGUAUUAUCAGACAAAAUCGUACUUCUCUGCCAAUCCACAUGCCAAAGGAAAGGUCUUGUUGAUCAAGAACAACAUCCUCACACGCAUCAAGGAUGGCGGUUUCGUAUUACAUUUAAAACCAAUGUGCUGCAGUGGUCAUAACUCACACAUUCCACUCUACUUCCAUUUCACUUUGACUGAUCCAUCCAGUAAUGAAGUCGUACUUCAAAGUUUGGUCAAUGUCAAUGUCAAACAAUGGAAAAAAUCUGUGCAAAAUAAGAAUAAGAAACAAAAGGUAGAAUCAAUUAUGAGUAUUAUAGAUAAAUCAUUUGAUUUUGAUGCACCUCAGUUUGUAGAUUUCUCAACACCUAGCAAAAGUGAUGAUUUAUGGUUUGAGAGUCAAAAAGAUUUAGAGUGGGAUCAACUACGAACAAUCAGAAGAAAAUCAGUACCUCUUAGACCAAUGUUUUCAACCCCACAAAAACUAAUAGCACCUCAACAAGCUUUGACACCAAGUGCACCACCUGCCUUAUAUCCAUCGUUAAGAACAACACCAGACAACAAACCAAAGACACCACAACUCUAUCCAAUGCUUCCCAGUUCAUCAUCUAAAUUGACACCAAUGCGUAGUUUCCAAUUCGAAAAGAGAGGAUCUACCAUUGGAAAUAUGUCACUCACUCCAUUCUUGGAGAAGGUAAAGUCCACCACACUUUCCUCUGACAACAAAGAGAAUAUCUCCAAUAUUUCCAAUAUUAUCGAGUCUUCUAUGGUUGCCAACCAGAAACCAAAGGUUUCAGAGGCAGUCGAUCAACAAUCAUCUACCGCCAAAGAAGCAACAAAGAAGAGAACUAAAGCCAAAAAGACAAAGACUGUAGCAACUGUAAUUCAAGAACUUCCAGCUGCUGACAAUCAACCAGCAGUAAAGAACGAGGAGAAGGAAAAAAAGAAAAAGAAGAAAAAGAGAUCCGAAAAAUCAACAAUCGUUGUAUCGACCACUGACAAUAUCUUCCAACAACAACCAGUCCAAGUCAUCAGGCAGCAACAACAACCACCAAUUCAAGUCGUCAAACAACAACCAAAAACACCACUCAAAUCAAUGACACCAUUAAAGUCAAUCACCCCAGCCAAGCCAAUCGAAUCAAAGACAUUGACACCAGUCAAAGUAGAUUUCGGAACCACUUCACAAGCUAAAUUCGAAUUGUUUUCUACAACUCCAGUCAAGCAAAUGGAGCAACUAAAGUCAACCACCCCGUUGAAAGUCGAGUUAAAACCAACAACACCGAGUAAAUCUAGCCUCAGAACACCAACCAAACAACAGGAGCCAAAGACACCGAAGCCAGAGAGCACCGUAACUUUUGGUCCUACCACUGUACAAGACGAUAUUGAGCCAAUCCCAGUUCUGAGCGAGACCAUCAGAGAGGCUGAGGAAAGACUGGAGAAAUCACCAUUCCUCCAAAACUCACUAAAGAAAAGACAAUCCACCAUCGCCUCAAAGAGAAAGUCAGUCAGUAUCAAUAUGCAACCAAUUAUUCAUCCAGCUUCCCCAGCUCCCGAUUGCUUGCCAAUUCCAGUUAUCACUGCUCCCCAACUCAAUUUAAAAACAACCGAGCAGGCUACAUCAUCCGUUAAUCUCGCCAACACAAUCAAUCAGUUGUAUCAAUCGGUUUCAAAUAUUAGAGCCAAUUCUCCAUUAAAGAAUUUACCAGAGUCAUCACAACAACAACAACAACAACAACAACAAUCAAAUACAACCAACCAAUCUGUAUCAUUAAAGAGAAAGAGUGUAGGUUUCCAAAAUAUUACUGAUACGGUUGUUCAUGAGAUUAUGAACUCACCUUUGAGAAAGGUUCAACAAGCUCCAUCCACUCUGGAAGCAAAUGGUGGUGCUGAAAAAGUUAUCAAGAAGCAAAGAUUAACCAAAAUCACACCAUUCCAUUUCGAUACAGAUAAAAGAGUUGCUACCCAACCACCAAAGACCUCUCUUACAUUGCCAUCGCACCAAAAACCAGUUAUAGCUGCACCACUCACACCAAUCCCAACUCAACAACAUUCCACUUCGACCUCAAGCGCUAACAAGGUACCAAUGGCCAAGAGAAAGUCAGUCAGUGGCAAGUCACAUGUGACCGUUCCAGUCGGUUUCCACUUCGAAACUGCAUUGAGAGCUGAGAGAUCGACAAAGACAGGUCCAACCUCUACACCAACACCUGCAGCACCAACCGCCACCUCAGCCACAACUACCAUUCACACCACCACCGUUCCAAUCAAGAGAGCAUCCUUCAAAAGAGAUACACCUCACAAAAAGGAGAUUCCAACCAAAAUCAAGGAAUUUAAAUUAUCAACUAUGAAGAAGUAA